AUGGCCGACGAGUUCUCAAAAUCCGUGGACUUCGGUCUCCAACUCUCGAGACGGAUUUACUACGGAAAAGACGUUCCGGUGUCGGCCCCGAAGCCGGCUGUGAUGGAGAAGAAGUUGGCGUCGUUGGAGACGUAUCUUCCGACGGCGCCAAUGGUUUAUGCGGUAAUAUCGGAUCCCUCGAUCGUGGAUAAUCCUGACAUUCCGAGUUACCAACCUUAUGUGCAUGGAAGACGUGACCCUCCGGCAUUUAUUCCACUGCACAUGCAUGGGAUUGCAAUGGAGGUAGACUGUUAUUUGGACACUGCAUUUGUUACCGUUACUGGAACUUGGCGUGUCCAUUGUAUUAUGGCGAGCAAAAGCUGUGAUUGUCGCAUUGCCAUACCUUUGGGCGAGCAGGGUUCAGUUCUAGGUGUCAAAGUUGAUAGUACUAGAAGAUCAUAUGACACCCAACUCAUUACAAUGGGAGAUGCAAAGGAUACAGACAACCCUAAUGAUGGAUUCUUGUUAAAAGGCCAGAUAUACACGUUCAAGGUUCCUCAGGUUGAUGGAGGAACCACUAUUUCUAUUAAAUUCAGUUGGUCCCACAAACUAUCGUUUCGUGAUGGUCAAUGUUGCCUCAGUGUUCCAUUUAGUUUUCCAGCACAUGUCACACCUGUUGGAAAGAAAAUGUCUAAAAAAGAAAAGAUAUUGUUGAAUGUGAGCUUGGGUACUGGGACAGAGGUUUUGCAUAAAACUACUAGCCAUCCUUUAAAGGAAUUAAGACGCCGGGAUGGGAAAUUCAGCUUUUUAUAUGAGGCAGAAGUUCAGACAUGGUCCACUAAUGACUUCAGUUGUCUGUAUGCCGUUUCUGCGAGUGAUAUAUUUGGCAGUCUGCUGUUGCAAUCCCCCUCUCUGGAUGAUGUUGAUCAGAGGGAAAUGUUUUGGUUUUAUCUAUUCCCUGGGAUUAACCACCAUAGGAAGGUUUUCAGAAGAGAAGUGGUAUUUGUAGUUGACAUAAGUGGAAGCAUGCAAGGAGGCCCUCUUGAGAAUGCAAAAGAUGCACUAUUGGCGGCCCUGUACAAGCUCAACCCAGUAGAUUCUUUUAACAUCAUAGCUUUCAAUGGGAAUACUUCAUUAUUCUCAUCGUCAAUGCAUCUAGCCACCAAGGAAGCAAUCGAAAAUGCUGUUAAAUGGAUUAGCAUAAAUUUUAUUGCAGAGGGCAGCACCAACAUUUUACUUCCCCUAAAGCUGGCAAUAGAGAUGUUGGCCAAAUUUGGUGACUCAAUUCCUUUCAUUUUCCUCAUUACUGAUGGGACUGUUGAAGAUGAAAGACAAAUUCUUAAUCUCAUGAAAGGUCACCUCACAAACGGAGGAUUGAAUUUUCCUCGAAUUUCAACUUUUGGCAUAGGUUCAUACUGUAAUCAUUACUUCUUGCAAAUGCUAGCACAAAUUGGGAGGGGUUAUUAUGAUGCUGCCUUUGAUGUUGAUUCAAUCAGCUCUCAAAUGCAAAGGCUCUUUAAUAGUGCUUCCUCAAUCAUUCUUGCAAGUAUAGCCAUUGAUGCUCUAGAACACCUUGAUUCACUUGAGUUGUACCCUAUUCAUCUUCCAGAUCUUUUGUCUGGAAGUCCAUUGAUUAUAUCAGGUAGAUACUGCGGAAACAUUCCAAACUCGGUUAAAGCUAGUGGUACUUUGGCAGAUCUGAGCAAUUUUGUGAUAGAUGUGAAAGUGCAAAAAACAAAGGGCAUGUCUAUUGAAAGAGUAUUUGCAAGGAGACAAAUUGAUACACUCACAGCUCAGGCAUGGUUGUUGGAUAGUAAACAACUAGAGGAAAAGAUUGCAAAAAUGAGCAUGCAGUUAGGGAUUCCUUCAGAGUAUACCUGCAUAGUUCUAGCUCAGAUUGAUAAAGGGAAGCAAGCUUCUGAAUCCGUUCUACCACUAGAGAGGACAGGCUACUUGGAUGACAAGAAGAUCAUUUUCCUGCGAAGUUCGGGUGUUGGCUUUGGCAACUUGAUGGCAACUACUGAAAAUCUUCCUCCGGCAUCUGAAGAACAAAAGUUACACGUACCUGCAGGAUCGAUCGUGAAGACUGCUUCAAAUUGUUGCAGCAGGCUGCUUGAUUGCUGCUGUUGCAUGUGUUUUAUCCAGUUUUGUUCAGGACUUAGUGACCAGUGUGCAGUUGCUCUCACACAGCUGUGCACUGCCCUUGCAUGUUUUGAGUGCAUCAAUUGUUGUUGUGAAGUAUGUUUUUCAUGCGACUGGUGCUGA